CGGGCGGGGCGAGAUGGGACCGGCUCUGUACGGCGACGGCGGCAGCGGCAGCGGCAGUGGCCUGCGAGGUGGCUGAAGCGGCCGGACCAGGACCCGGGCGGCUUCGGGGCUCUCGGGAAUCCGAGAGCGCGCGGCGCGGGCAGUUCGCUGUGCGCCCUGCGGGGAGCCGGGGCCCCAGGCCGACCCGACACGAUGAACUACCUGAACGUGCUGGCCAAAGCCCUCUACGACAAUGUGGCCGAGUCCCCAGAUGAGCUCUCCUUCCGCAAGGGCGACAUCAUGACGGUGCUGGAGCGGGACACGCAGGGCCUAGAUGGCUGGUGGCUCUGCUCGCUGCACGGGCGCCAAGGCAUCGUGCCCGGGAACCGCCUCAAGAUCCUGGUGGGCAUGCAUGACAAGAAGCCCGUGGGGCCCGGCCCCGGCCCGCCCGCCAGCUCGGCCCUGCCUCAGCCCAGCCUCCACCCCCCGGCAGCCCAGUACACACCCAUGCUGCCUGCCACGUACCAGCCCCAGCCGGACAGUGUCUACCUGGUGCCCACCCCCAGCAAGACUCAGCAAGGCCUCUACCAAGCCCCUGGGCCCAGCCCCCAGUUCCAGUCUCCCCCGGCCAAGCAGACAGCCACAUUCUCCAAGCAGAUGCCCCAUCACGCGUUUCCCAGCCCAGCCCCAGACCUUUACCAGGUGCCCCCGGGGCCUGGCAGCCCUGCCCAGGACAUCUACCAGGUGCCGCCUUCCGCUGGGAUAGGACACGACAUCUACCAGGUCCCCCCAUCCAUGGAUGCACGGAGCUGGGAGGGGACGAAGCCACCAGCCAAGGUGGCGGUGUCCACCCGCGUGGGGCAAGGCUAUGUGUUCGAGGCCCCCCAGCCCGAGCAGGACGAGUACGACAUCCCACGCCACCUGCUGGCCCCGGGGCCCCAGGACAUCUACGACGUGCCCCCUGUUCGGGGGCUGCUUCCCAGCCAGUACAGCCAGGAGGUAUAUGACACGCCCCCCAUGGCUGUCAAGGGUCCCAAUGGCCGGGACCCAUCGCUGGACGUGUAUGAUGUGCCCCCCAGUGUGGAGAAGGGCCUGCCGCCGUCCAGCCAUCAUGCGGUGUACGAUGUUCCUCCAUCGGUGAGCAAAGACGUGCCCGACGGCCCACUGCUGCGUGAGGAGACCUAUGACGUGCCCCCCGCCUUCGCCAAGGCCAAGCCCUUUGACCCGACCCGCCACCCGCUGGUGCUCGCCGCACCCCCUCCGGACUCGCCACCAGCUGAGGACGUGUAUGACGUGCCGCCCCCGGCUCCUGACCUCUACGACGUGCCCCCCGGUUUGCGGCGGCCUGGCCCGGGCACCCUCUACGACGUGCCCCGAGAGCGGGUCCUUCCUCCCGAGGCAGCCAACGGCAGCGUGGCCGACGACGGUGUGUACGCGGUGCCCCCCGCUGCCGAGCGAGAGGCCCCGGCCGACACCAAGCGCCUGUCAGCCUCCAGCACGGGCAGCACACGCAGCAGCCAGUCGGCCUCCUCCCUGGAGGCAGCGGUGCCGGGCCGUGAGCCCCUGGAGCUGGAGGUGGCCGUGGAGGCCCUGGCACGGCUACAGCAGGGCGUGAGCGCCACCGUGGCCCACCUCUUGGACCUGGCAGGCAGUGCGGGCGGGUGUGGGGGCUGGCGCAGCACCUCUGAGCCUCAGGAGCCUCCGGCGCAGGACCUGCGGGCUGCCGUGGCCGCCGUCCACGGGGCCGUCCACGAGCUGCUGGAGUUUGCCCGCAGCGCCGUGGGCAAUGCCGCCCACACUUCCGACCGCACGCUGCAUGCCAAGCUUAGCCGGCAACUGCAGAAGAUGGAGGACGUGUACCAGACGCUGGUGGCCCACGGUCAGGCCCUUGACAGUAGCCGGGGAGGCCUGGGGGCCACUCCCGAAGACCUGGACCGCCUGGUGGCCUGCUCGCGGGCUGUGCCCGAGGAUGUCAAGCAGCUGGCCUCCUUCUUGCAUGGCAACGCCUCGCUGCUCUUCAGACGGACCAAGGCCUCUGUCCCAGGGCCUGAGGGGGGUGGCCCCCUGCACCUCAACCCCACCGACAAGGCCAGCAGCAUCCAGUCCCGGCCCCUGCCCUCACCCCCCAAGUUCACCUCCCAGGACUCGCCUGAUGGGCAGUACGAGAACAGUGAGGGAGGCUGGAUGGAGGAUUACGACUACGUCCACCUGCAGGGGAAGGAAGAGUUUGAGAAGACGCAGAAGGAGUUGCUGGAAAAGGGCAACAUAAUGCGGCAGGGGAAGGGCCAGCUGGAACUGCAGCAGCUGAAGCAGUUUGAACGGCUGGAGCAGGAGGUGUCACGGCCCAUAGACCAUGACCUGGCCAACUGGAUGCCAGCCCAGCCCCUGGCCCCGGGCCGGACGGGCGGCCUGGGGCCCUCGGACCGGCAGCUGCUGCUCUUCUACCUGGAGCAGUGCGAGGCGAACCUGACCACGCUUACCAACGCCGUGGAUGCCUUCUUCACCGCCGUGGCCACCAACCAGCCCCCCAAAAUCUUCGUGGCACACAGCAAGUUUGUCAUCCUCAGCGCCCACAAGCUGGUAUUCAUCGGGGACACACUGUCACGGCAGGCUAAGGCGGCCGACGUCCGCAGCCAGGUGACCCACUACAGCAACCUGCUGUGUGACCUCUUGCGCGGCAUCGUGGCCACCACCAAGGCAGCUGCCCUCCAGUACCCGUCGCCUGCCGCCGCCCAGGACAUGGUGGACAGGGUCAAGGAGCUGGGCCACAGCACCCAGCAGUUCCGCCGGGUCCUGGGCCAGCUGGCAGCUGCCUGAGAGCCGUCAGCCAGAGGGACGGAGGGCAAGGGGAGGAGGGUGGCGAUGGGCCCCAAAGAGCCACUGUGCCGUGGGCGUGGGGACAGGCGACCCCAGCUCCACCCGGGCCUGGUGCCCCAGACUGUACAGGGAGUUGUGUAUAUUUAUGGCGGGGCAGGAUGUGGGACGGUGCCUCCUCAAAGGAGCCCGAGCAGAGCUGGGCCCCGGACCCAGGCCAGGAGUGGCUGGCCGUCCCUCCUGAGCGUGCUGAGGGCCCGGGGGGGGGCCCAACAUUCGGGGCUGGGCUGGGGGCUCGCAGACCGCUUGACCCACAUGGCCUCAGGUGACCCCUCGGGCUGACCAUGAGGGUGCCGUGUCCCCCUGGCAGGGCAAGCGUGGCUGUGGUGUAUUCUCUCUGCACCAGGAGAAAACCCUAAAAAACUAUUUUUCAUUAUUGAUUUUCCAAUCAUUUGACUAAUAGUCUACAUUUAAAUAAAAUUAAAAAAAUGAAAA